AUGAUGAUGCACACACGCAAGCGGAUCUUCCGCAGCCCAGCAACUGGUCCCCAGGUCCAAUUUACUGACCCUUUCUCAGUGUCACCAUAUAACAACAUGGCAUCCAGAAAGAGGAAGGCCGACGACGAUAACGACGACAUGUCGGUCUCGCCCCUGAGCUCGCCAGCCCUUCCAUCCAGACCGAUUGUCAGGCCGUCAAAAAAGAUCCGACAAGCCAACGACGACGUAGCCGCCCGCCCGCUGUCACUUCCCCGUCUUCUCGAAACUCUCACCAACGACCAGCUCCGAACAGUCCUCCAAACCAUCUGCGAACGACACCCCGAUAUUGGGCACGAGGUGGUCACUAGCGCGCCACGACCGACCGUCGCCUGUGCGCUCGAUAUCUUGGCCGGGUACCAGGAGAAGCUACACGAUGCAACUCCACUUGGCCAUACGAACUCCGACUAUGCCUAUUUCCGAGUGAAGCAACAGCUGGGCGCCCUCCUCGAUGCCAUUUCCGAUUUCACGUCACAAUUCCUCCCGCCGUUGGAGCAGCAGACAAACAUAUCAUUGCAGUUUUUGGACGGUGUCACCAAAGUCAUUCACGAACUCCCCGACUGGGAAAACCAAUCACAUCGCCACCACAAGGAUGCUGCGUACGAUGAGAUUUCGGCGGCAUGGGCACUUGUCAUCACGGAAGCUUCAAAAAGGGGCGGAGGUUUUAUCGUUCAUACCGGAGGCUGGGACCAGAGGCUAGUAAAGCACAAUCAACAGUCAGGAGGCAAAAUGGGACAGGCCAUCAACGCCUUGGCGGUGGAAGUCGGAUGGCAAGGACAGAACCCGAUUACCGACACACCGGCUCCGUCCGGGAGGGACCCUAAUUCGAUCUUGAACCAGCUUAUUAACGGUGCAUACGGUUCACCCGUUCGUGUUGGACCUUGGUAA